AUGAGUACUGGUGCGGACACCGAUACCAUUAAGAAGCCCAUCCUUGCGGUGCCAGAGCCUGCAUUGGCCGAUUCCCAAUCAGAAGAGUUAUCACUUUCCAGAGAAGAAAAUGUGCCGCAAAACAGCGAACACUCAGAGGAGGAAGGCGACAAUGAUUCUGAAAUGGAUCAAUCUCUAUCCAGUGAGCCACUGGAUACGUUGCCGCUGAAAAAGAAGUUGAAAAAUCUUUCGUAUAUUACUUUUUUCACCAUAGGGAUAGGUCUUUUAUGGCCAUGGAACUGCAUCUUGAGUGCCUCGCAGUAUUUCAAGCACGACAUUUUUAAGGACACGUCCAUAUGGGCGAAGAUAUUCACGAGUUCUAUGAUGUCUUUUUCCACCAUAUCAUCAAUGCUGUUUAACAUCUACCUGGCCAAGAGACAGUACAAAUACUCGAGAAGAGUAAUUAAUGGGCUUGUAUGGGAGAUAAUCGUUUUUGUCGUCAUGUGCUUCUUUACAAUUUUGCAUUUCCUUUUGCCCAAAUGGUUCAACUUCAUGUUCAUAAUGGGGCUUGUGGUCAUCAGUUCAAUGGGGACGGCCAUGACGCAGAAUGGUAUCAUGGCAAUUGCCAAUGUCCUCGGCUCCGAGUACAGUCAAGGCGUCAUGGUGGGACAAGCCGUAGCUGGUGUACUGCCCUCCUUGGUACUUUUUGCUUUAGCUUUCAUCGAUAACUCGUCUGUCUCUACCACGGGCGGCAUUCUUCUAUACUUCUUCACUACGACACUUGUAGUCACCAUCUGUGUGGUAAUGUUCAGCGUGAGCAAGAUCAGCAGAAAAGUAAAAGAAAGUUGGAAUAUGGAAGAUGGACACAUCAGCGAUGUAUUGUUAGGCUCUCUGCGCUCUAACGAGGAGGAAAUUCGCAUAGUUGGGCGUAUUGACCAGACCGAUGAUCAAGAUGCCCACUACAACAAUGACCGCCGCGAUGACAACGACGAAGGAGAAGAGCUCCAACUGAAAGUACCCUUCGAAGUACUGUUUGCCAAAUUGAAGUACCUGGUCCUUUCCAUAUUCACCACUUUCGUCGUGACUCUUGUUUUCCCCGUAUUUGCGUCUGCCACCUACGUGACGGGGCUUCCCCUAAGCAAUGCACAAUACAUCCCGCUCAUAUUCACACUGUGGAACCUAGGAGACCUUUAUGGAAGGGUCAUUGCCGACUGGCCCAUGUUCCGUGACCAAAAUUUCACUCCACGCAAAACGUUCAUUUACUCACUGUUGCGGGUGGCAGCGAUCCCACUUUUUUUGCUGUUCACAGCCAUCACCUCCUCAUCAAGCGGCGACGAGGACCAUAAUGGCUCCAUAAUUGUCGACCUGUGCUAUAUGCUACUACAGUUCCUCUUCGGUGUGACCAAUGGACACGUCAUCUCCAUGAGUUUCAUGAAGGUACCAGAGCAACUGGACAGCGACGACGAGAAGGAAGCAGCCGGUGGAUUCACCAAUAUCUUCGUCUCGACAGGGUUAGCCCUGGGCAGCAUUAUAAGCUACAUUUUCGUCUUCAUAAUUGACGUUAUCAUCAGAUAA